CAGAUUAAGCCUUUCAUGACUGGCUGGUUCUUGCGCGCCUCGUUCCCGCCCCCUUUUCUCUCCGCUCAAAACUGGAGGGGAGGCGGGGCUCAUUCCCACUCGAGUGCCUGCGCCGUCGACUGGCAAGUGUUGGGCGAGGAGCCGCUGGGAAGGAGACCAAGUAACUGUGAAAUCAUGGCAGGAAAGCCCAAGCUGUAUUACUUCGAUGGAAGAGGCAAAAUGGAGUCAAUACGGUGGCUGUUGGCAGCAGCGGGUGUGGAGUUUGAAGAGGAGUAUUUGGAGACCAGAGAGCAAUAUGAGAAGCUGCUUCAAGAGGGAUCCCUUCUGUUCCAGCAAGUGCCCAUGGUAGAAAUUGAUGGGAUGAAGAUGGUGCAGACUCGAGCCAUUCUCAACUACAUCGCGGGAAAAUACAAUCUCCAUGGGAAGGACCUGAAGGAGAGAGCCUUAAUUGACAUGUAUGUGGAAGGAACAACGGACUUAAUGGGGUUAAUCACACUGUACCCUUUCCUGAGCCCUGAGGAUAAGGAGAAACAACUUGCCAACAUCACUGACAGAGCAACAAAAAGAUACUUCCCUGUGUAUGAAAAGGUGCUAAAGGAUCGUGGGCAAGAUUUCCUUGUUGGAAACCAAAUGAGCUGGGCAGAUGUGCACCUCGUGGAGGCUAUUUUAAUGGUGGAGGAAAAAUCUUCUGAUGUUCUGGUUGCGUUUCCUCAAUUGCAGGCUUUUAAAGAAAGGAUGAGUAACAUUCCCACCAUUAAGAAGUUUCUGGAGCCAGGAAGCCAGAGGAAGCCUCCACCGGAUGAUAAAUAUGUGGAGACCGUGAGAAGAGUUCUUCAGAUGUAUUUUAGCGUCAAAUUAAAUUAGCUACUCAAAGUAGGCUUCUUGACUUCAGUGCACUACGAGUGCUACUAACCAGUGAUGACGACUGUGAAACGCUCUUACCAUAAACCCUCUGCCGUUACAUUAGAGAUGAGAGUGCUAUGUUGACCAUUGGUAUCUGAUCAAUGAGCUGCUUCUAAUAUAAAUGCUAGUAGAAUAUUGUUACAAAGGGAGAGCACAAUACGUGGAGAUUUUAUUAUCAGUAUGUUAAUCUUUCUGUACUUAAUAGUUGAAAAGAGAGGAUGAUAAGAAGAUAGAUUUGGAGCUGCUGGUAGAUUUCAGCAAAGAUAAUUGAUUUCCAAUUAUGCAGUAACAACAGUAGUUGCAGAUUACACCACCACCCCAACCAAUCUCAAAUUAUAUCACUGAGCUGAAGAAAUUUGGACCAGGAAUGUAGUUUGUUUGUACAAGGAUCAUGACUUCCUUUCCAAUCUGGUACUCUGGAAAAACAAAAAACAAGACAAAAACGAACUAAUUUUUUAAAAAAAAUCCUGGAUGCAAGAUCUCAACAUUUUAAAUACGUCUUUGUGCCAGGAUUUGAUUCGUGAAUCUUGAGGUUCUAAUAUUAAAAAGAGUGAGGUCAUAAGCUUGAGGUAUUCUGCUUACCCCAGUUUUAAAGAGUACUCUUUGUAUCCCCUUCCUCCUUCUUCCACUAUUGAAAUAAAGUAUUGACAGAGAAGUUCAGAUAACUCACAUUCAGGGUGUGACAGCUCCUGGAGUUAUUGGAGCUUUGUUCAUUUCUACCUAGCAGUAUAAUCUACCAGCUUAAUAAAUUCACACUGUAGAACUGAAUAAAGUCUACAUGUUUCUUUAAGGAAAUUCUGUCUCAGACUUGCCUUCCUUUCUAUGCUGCUAAGCUCAGUUGGCAAAGGGUACAGAAGAGUUAGAAAGGUGCUAUAAGGGACACUUAUUUGAAGGGAGAAAAAUGUAAAAUCAAAACAGGCAUAGGUAUUGAGGCUUCACUGUGUUUAGCAAUCUCUUAACAUGCUUGCUUUUGAUUAUAUGCAGUUUAAAUUUUUUUUACUCCAGUAGCCAUUCUCAUGUAGCUCUCAUACAGUGAUAAACUAAUAAAGCACUCUUUUCUGUUGCACAG